UGUGAAGGACACCCAACACCCAACCCCAUAAACAGUAGAUCACCCAGUUCUGAUGUAGCUGCUCCUCCGCUUCCUCAAAAGGCAAGACUCCAGGACCACAAGCCGGCUUUACCACCGAAGCCUUGCUGGACGAAAUCAGUAGUGGUGGAGGAGUCACUCGCGACGCUCCCAGCAGUAAAGUCAGAAUCCAACCAAAGCACCCAUAUAUCAGUGGAUCAAUGCAAGAGCAGAAGAAUCCACAAAAGUCAAUGUGAAGAAUCGCUGCUGGAGCAAUGUGAAGGAAAUCACCCAAAAGAGAGUAAAUGCGUUCUUGAACCAGGCUGCCAAACGCUGCCCAACAAUGACAAAAUGGAAAGAAAUGUUAUUAUGAAAAUUGAUGCAGCAGAGGAGAUAAAAAUGUGCAGGAAUCAGACAGAACAAACGUCAGUCAGGAGAACUGAGAAUACUUCCCCUCCACAAAAAACUCCCUCGCACUUAAAGUUCAGAGAUGAUUCUCUUGGAGCCAUGAAGGCAAAUGGCUCUCAAAACCUAACUAAAUGUCUCAUAAAUCCAUGCAAAAACAAUGAUACACCAAUAUCAGACAUGAUAACCAAUACAUGCCAGGUGGAGCUGCAGGGCAACAAACCGAAACAAGAGGAAAAAGUUGUUCUGCGAGAGAAGAAACCAAAGGAAACAGAAGAUGAGCGACGGCAAAGACUCUCUGUCCACAAGGAAGAGAUCAUGAAGGGAAAUGUCAAGGCAGCCAUGGAGAUAUUUGAGAACUUAAGGAAACGAGAGGAACUUAAAGACAUUUUGUCUCAAGUGCAAGAAAUAGAGGGAGAAAGCAACAAUGUUGACAUGAGCUCUUUGAAGACAUUGUACAGCAAUGUCCCCACGUGGGUCGGACAAGCAAACGGGAGGGAUAGAUAUAGUAAACAGGAGGAAAAGAAAGUGGAAGCUGAAGCGCCAGAUGAUGAUCUUGAGAGCAUCUCCUCAGUUGAAAGUGCCUUUGAAGACUUGGAGAAGGCCAGUAAGGAGAUAAUGCACCUGAAGGAGCAAACCUUGACAAAACUCCUCGUGCUAGAGGAGACGAUAAAGAAGGCCCUGUACUCCGUCUCCAACCUGAAAUCAGAAUCGGACAUUGCAGGACUCUCUGGGCUUUUUGAUGAAUCCCUCAAAUCUGGGGAACACGGUCAACCUUUGAACAACAUACGUAAAAUUAGCAUCGGCUCAAGUAAAGCCAAGUCAGUUCCAGGGAAGGAUUUACCGGAGAAUCGCUCCAAUCCAUCCAAACUGGAGGGGUCACAAAAGCUCAGCCACAAGCCCCUUGUACGACAGUCCUCUGCCCAGUCAUCUCCAUCUUUCAUCUCCAUUCACUCUGCUGCCAGGAAGCCGGCACAUGACUGUGAUCUAAAUCAACACGCUGCACGAUCCUCAAAAGAUACAGCGCCCGCACAACGGAAAGUCAGUGUUCUGGAGGUUAAGACUCUUCCGGAACAAUCUAGCGGAAUAAACUGCAAGAAGACUGUUAGCGAAACGUAUGAAGAGACCGACGGAUUUGGCAACGUCUUUCUUUCCUCCGUGACGUCGACCUUUGUCAGCACACAAUCCGACAAUGAGUCUACAGCUCUUUUCGGAGUCGUCGGUGGCCCAAGUAGAUACGAAGUCGGUACCUCCCCGUCACUACGCAGACCUGCUGGAUCCCUUGGAGGCAGUCUGCUGAGCAACGACACGGAGAAAGGGAACGUGUUUGUAACUUUUAGCCAACCUGGGGAGAAAUAGUAGAAGAGCUAUUCCAUUUCUGCAUUUUUGUUAGAAUUCAUAACUGAAGAAUGAUUUGUCUUAUAGAUUUUAUACAGUGUCUACUUUGAAAUCUUUUAUUAAAGUUUGUUGUCAUGUGUACUGUUUAAUAA